UGGACGGAUCCGGAGCGUAGGUUUAUCCGCUGGCGCCUAGGUUCUUGUUCUUCUGCCCUCACCCAUGGACCCGAUCCAGAGCUUCUACUGCAAGUUGCGGUCUCUGGCCAGCACACUAGACUGCGAGACGGCCCGGCUGCAGCGAGCCCUGGACGGAGAGGAAAGCGACUUUGAUGAUUAUCCAGUGGGAAUUUUACAUGAUCUUCAUUCAGAAGUCCAGACUUUAAAGGAUGAUGUUAAUAUUCUUCUUGAUAAAGCAAGAUUGGAAAGUCAAGAAAACAUUGGUUUCAUAAAGGCAGCAAAAAUAUUGAUGAAAAAAAAUUCAGCGGAUAUCAUAAAAAUAAGAGAGUUUUUCCAGAAGUAUGGAUAUAAUCCGCGUGUCAAGGAAAGUUCAGUUUGUGAGCAAGAACUCACUAACUCUACCCAAGAGAUGGCUAAAUGUGAGAAUUUUGAAAAGCCUGACGUGAAGGAUGAUAUGUUUGAUCCUUCUGUUCCAAGCAGUUCUGUUUCUAAGAAGAUUCCACGUAGUCCACAACUUUCGGAUUUUGGACUUGAGCGAUAUAUGAUAUCCCAAGUUUUACCAAACCCUCCACAGGUAGUAAACAACCAUAAGGAAGAGCCUGAAAUUCAAACUCCACCUACCAGUCAGUCACUAGUUAAAAUACUAAAAACUCCAAAAUGUGCUCUAAAAAUGGAUGAUUUUGAGUGUAUAACUCUUAAUGUAGAACAUUUUGGUAUCUCUGAACAUACUUUCUGUUUAAAUGAAGAUUAUACAAUGGGACUUAAAAAUGUGAAGAAUAUUAAAAGUGAGAAGACCCUAGAAAGAGAACCCAUGACCAAUAAUUUUUCUGUUACUCCUGGCCCCAUAAUUCAGCAGCUGGAAAAAAGUGAUGUCGAGUGCACAAAUUCCCCAUUGGCACCUACAUUCUGCACUCCUGGUUUGAAAAUUCCUUCCACAAAGAACAGCACAGCUGUGGUAUCCACAAAUUAUCCAUUACCAAAAAUAAAUAAUUCAUCAAAUGAUGUGGAAGUUGAAGAUUACACUCCACUAAUUUUAAAAUCAGAUGAGUGCUUUGAGAAUUUUAUGGAUCCCUUUUCUCCUACAAUUUCUUCUUAUGAGAAUCUACUUAGAACACCUACACCCCCAGAAAUAACUGCAAUUCCAGAGGAUAUUCUCCAGAUUUUGUCAAAAUACAACUCAAACCUAGCUACUCCAGUAGCAGUGAAGGCAGUGCCACCCAGGAGAGGUUUCCUCAAAUACAAAAGACAGAAUACCCAAGAUGCUGGCGACAAAGAAAACUGGUGAAAGGUUUUGGUUUCAUUCUCUCACAUCAGCUCCUCUAUCACAUGGCAGCUGACCUUUCAAGCUCUACUCUCCAGCUUGGCCACUCAGCAGAUCCUGAACCUCACUCUCUGGAAGGUUCCAACGUCUGGACCUGGGCCCACAGGCCUCCUAUGUACCAUUGGCUAGGGCCACAGGAGCCUUUAAAACUACCUAGCAGAUUCAAACUGCCCCAUCCAUCAAGCUCAAGAUCCAUCUGAUUAAAAACAGCAAAGAACUUUUCAAAUUAUAGUCAACAGGAAAGUAGGACCUACCAUACUUUGGAGAUCAGCUAAAAACUUGAAAUUAGUUGACAGUUAUGACUAGGUGCUUGAAAGGCUCGGCUUUAAGAAAUUCAAUAUGGUAAAAUUGCCUUCUUAUAAUUGUGUUUUGAAAGUCAUGUGAAAGACCUGUGACAUUGACCUGUGUUAAUUUUGUCAGAAAAUUGUCACUAAAACCUGAUUUAUUUCUUGGCCAGGAAUUGCUAUAGUUUUAAGUAUGAUUUUUGCUAAAUAUAGUGUAAGUUUUCAAAAUAUUAUUUUCAAGGUAAAGCUGCUCUAGUGCACUUUAUGUAUGCUGAUAACUGAAAUUUAUUAUCAGCUUUUCAUUCACUACUUAUAUGUAACAAUCCAUAGAACCAGAUGAGAUUGAUGAAGGAGGAAGCAGUAGAAAGAGAGUAGAAAGAGGCAGAGUGAUACAGCAUAAGGGGGUUGGGAAAAGUGGUCAACUACUUUAAUACUUUACUCAAGUCAAAUAACAAGAGAACUGAGGAUUGAUCACUAGAUUUGGCAAAGUUGAUUUAACAGUAAUUUUGGUGGAGUACUAGUGAGGGAAGUCUGGUGGAUCUAAGAGGACAGGGGUGAGGAAAUAGACAAUGGCUUUAGACUGCUCCUUUGAGGUCUUGUUAAUGAAGGGAAGAGAAACAGUGCCACUAGAGAGAGAGAUGGAGCAUAAAGACUUUUUAAAAAUGAGCAAAAAAAAGAUUUAGGCAUUUGCCUGUAAGGGAGCUGCAUUUGUUUUAUGAUGGCCUUGGGCCUUCAAAUUUAUUUUGUUCAAAAUUUAUUUUUUUCUGAAUCUUUACUACCUUCCAUGAUCCUAGCUUGUUACUUAGAAUAGUGAUGCUUCCAGCUUCAAAUGUUGGGAUCUUUCAAGCACAUGUCUUCACACUGGAGGUAGAGGAACACCUGGAGCUGCUUUUUACUACAGAAACAGCCUGCCAAGCAUGGAACCCUACACAAGACCCUAACAAGAAGAAUGAGGUGUGAGGACCCCCAUGGUCAACCAAGCUAACACCAGCUAGCUCUACCCCUGGACUUUUCAGUGAAAUGAUCCAUAAAAGUCCUUAUGAUUAAACUAGCUGAACUUUUCUGGUUAUUUCAAACUUGUAAGAGAGUUGUGAAUGAUGUGUU